AACGCCUCCUGCUUUCCUUUCGUUAUUGUUAUUGCUGCAUCGUGCUAGCCUUGUUCAGCGUCCUCCAUUUGGCCACUGCCAGCCGAUAGUGGUCUAGCCCACGCUAGGUCCGAAGAAGAGGUCCCAAUUGACUUCCCUGAAUUCCUCGCUCGUCGGACCAUCGACCUUGUAGCCUCACAUCGGCCCUCUCCCUCUACGGCCUCUUUUCCAUUCCCACCCGUCGACGGGGCGCGCUUGGUAACAUCAUUUGUGUGAGCAGAUUCGACACAAUGUUCAGGUAGCCCACUCAGACUACGCUUCUGUAUUCCACCAUUCCAGGGCGAGAGCCGCCAAUCACCUCCGAGAAGGAAGCUAAAGCACCUCCGGCCCGGAUUCCAAUUCUCCCCCCACCAACGACGAACCCCCUUUCACCCUCAAGGGUGCCGUUCGGGUCUCACUCCGGCAUUGAGCCUCAGGGCGGGCAUCAACACGGAAGCGCUCAGACACCGGGCGAGCGAGGCUGCGAUACAGCGUUAGAGCGAUGCCUUCCUUUCGAAGCUCUCGUCGGGUCACCGGCUUGAAAGAUAGUGACUAUGACCACGAGAUCAGCCUAGUCAACCACGAUAACCGCGGUUCACCGAGCACCGAAAGCCUUAGCAGACCUACCCGCGCGUCGACCGGUUCGCAGUUACUCCGUGAUGAGGACACUACUGGGAGUCACGAUGCGGAACCGAAUGGGAACCGCAGUACGGAACACAAUACCGAUCAGGAUGCCAGUACGUCUGGACGCUCAGCAGAGCCAGAACAAAGUCAGCAGUCGAAGGCCGCUGGGCAUCGGAGUGCUCCCACUCUUGAACCCCAAACGACAACGGCCACCACAGCACCGUCUAUCGAAGUCGAAGAACCCACGCCCAUGGAAGGCACAAUGCCCGGCAGAAGCAGCAGUCAACGACGGAGGCCAGCCACGGCGGAUCGAGAAACAGCUAUUGAUGUGUUGUGGGAGAACGAGCGAGGCUGCUUUGUUUGCCGGGUUGCCCUAUUUUCCGGCAAGGCUUUGGGCAACCUCGACCCGUCGCCUUGGACGAACCAAUUUCACAAGACGAGUCCCACCACAACCAAGACAGCACAAGUACCCGACCCAUCCUGGGAGUGGGUAUGGCCUGAGUGGAAGAUACAUCGCGAAGAAGGUGUGGCCAUGGACGAGUUCGGCUGGGAGUACUCGUUUAUGUUCUCCAAGAGAUAUUCCUGGCAUGGUCCGAAAUGGUGGAAUUCCUUCGUCCGGAGGAGAUGCUGGGUUCGCAAGCGCAUCAAGAAGAAACCGGAAGACAUAUCGGAAGACCCGCACAUGCUGAACUCCGACUACUUCACCGUUACGCCUGCCAAUCACAGCCGUUCCUCUAGUGUGGCACGUAGCCGGCGAGAAAGCGUCAGCAAGGCGAGUGUACAGACCAGUGUGGCAGAGGAGAAGCAAGACAUUGAAGACGUGUGGACUCUUAUGGCCGUACUUCGAGGCUCUCGCAUCGACCGCGAAAAGAUUGAGGCUUUUGAGAAUUAUCUCGCGCAUGCCAAAGACAACCUUGAGCACUUACAGGAGGAGAUGCACGAUGUUAUGGGCAUAUUUGUGUUUCAGGCCUCGAGAAGACUGCUGUUGAGUCGCUUGACCCAGAUUUAUGACGAAGCUGUCGUUGCAGACGAAGAGAAGCACGAAGAUGCAGACAAGGCAAAAGAAAGAGAAGAGAGAAGGAAACACCUUGCAGCGGCAAUCAAGCACGCAGACGAAGAAGUCAAGAGGCUUUCGUAUUGGAGCGAUGUCAAGGGGCUUGCAGAGAAUGGCGAAGCCAAACACGCUGUUGCAGAAGAUGAGGGAUGGAAUAAGGGGUGGGAAGGUGUUGAUCAGAGCGGUCCUGCGCAGCCCAACUCGGGUGCCUUACCUGGUUCGCCAAAGAAGUAAUAGGGACGGUGUGGUAAUCAUUCUUUUCUUGUAUACCCGAC